GGUGCCGGGGUGAGCCGCAGGAGUGCCCGGGGGUGCUGGGGUGCCCAAGCGAGCGGGACCACGCCCCGUCCCGCCGCGGGGGCUCCGCUCGCCGCGGUCGGCAUCCGGAAUUCAGACCGAGGGGCCCACGGCCUCCAGGGCCCGGCAGCCAAGGCGCCACACCAGCCCGAAGGGCUCCGCGCGGCGGCAGCGCCGAGACAGCGACCAGGAGCGGCCGCGGCUGCGGCCGCGGCCCCGCCCGCCUCACCUGGGCGCGCGGCCGCCAUCUUGCCGCCGAGUCCGCCGCGAUCCCGGCAGCCCCCGGGCCGCGCCCUCCCGCCAUCUUCGCUCCUCCCGCCGCGCCCGGAGCUGGCGUCCGAUCGCGGCCGAGCCCGAGUCGCCCGUCCGGCAGCGCUCGGGCGCUUUCGGACAGGAGGAGGCGGGCGCAGCGGCUCGGCGGACUGGGCCUCGGGCGCGCUCGGGGGAGCUCGGCUCGGCCUCGGGCCGGCUCGGCUUCCGGGGGCGGACAGGGCCGGGGCCGCGAGGUUCUCUCCGCGAGGCCGACCUGCAGCGGAGGCCGGCGAGAGUCGGUCCGGAGCCUGCGGAGCCCGCCGGCCGGCCAAAACAGCCGGCUCGGGCCCCGGGGCAGGAGGGAGAGCGCGCUCGGGAACUCUCGCGCGGCCUCGGAGCCCUUCGGGCCGACUCGGCUCCACCCUUCGGGCAGCUUCGGCCCUCCUCGACUCCAGACUCUGGGCUUCGGCUCGGCUCGGCUCGGCUCGGGCUUGGCUGCGGCUGGGCUCCGCUUCGGCCCCGGCUCGGGCGGCGACUUCGGGUGGCCUCGGCCCGGCUCGGGCGGACUCUUCGGCCCCCACUUCGGGCUCGGCGCCCGGCGCUUCGGGCGGCCCCGGUCGGCGCCUUCGGGCGGGCUCGGCGGAGUCCGGAUGGAGGACUCGGACUCGGCGGCAAAGCAGCUGGGCCUGGCCGAGGCGGCAGCGGUGGCGGCCGCGGCCGCUGUGGCGGCGGCGGCCGCGGCCGCGGCGGGAGGAGAGGCGGAGGAGCCGGUGCUGAGCAGGGACGAGGACUCGGAGGAGGACGCGGACUCGGAGGCGGAGCGCGAGACACGGCGGGUCACGGCCGUGGCGGUGAUGGCGGCCGAGCCCGGGCACAUGGACAUGGGCGCCGAGGCCCUGCCUGGCCCCGACGAGGCCGCCGCCGCCGCCGCCUUCGCAGAAGUGACCACAGUGACGGUGGCCAAUGUGGGGGCCUCUGCAGACAACGUCUUCACAACAUCGGUGGCAAAUGCGGCCUCCAUCUCAGGACAUGUCCUGUCUGGGAGGACAGCCCUUCAGAUUGGGGACAGCCUGAACACGGAGAAGGCCACGCUGAUCGUCGUCCAUACAGAUGGGAGCAUCGUGGAGACCACCGGGCUGAAGGGUCCAGCGGCUCCUCUCACCCCAGGUCCUCAGUCUCCUCCGACCCCCUUGGCUCCUGGCCAAGAAAAAGGUGGCACCAAGUACAACUGGGACCCCUCAGUGUAUGACAGCGAGCUGCCCGUGCGCUGCCGGAACAUCAGCGGCACGCUCUACAAGAACAGGCUCGGCUCAGGCGGCCGGGGGCGGUGCAUCAAGCAGGGCGAGAACUGGUACAGCCCGACUGAGUUUGAAGCCAUGGCGGGAAGGGCCAGCAGCAAAGACUGGAAGAGAAGCAUCCGCUAUGCGGGCAGGCCCCUGCAGUGCCUCAUCCAGGAUGGCAUCCUGAACCCUCAUGCGGCCUCCUGCACCUGUGCAGCCUGCUGCGACGACAUGACCCUGCAAACUGGCUGCAGUGGCCAUGCCUGUAAUCCCAGUGACUCUGGGGCAGGAGGAUCGCAAGUUCAAGGCCAGCCUCAGGAUGGACUGAUGGGCAGGCAGGACCAGAGACACUGCCCCGGGGCUCAGAGUGGGCCCGUCAGGCUCUUCGUCCCAUACAAAAGGCGCAAGAAGGAGAACGAGCUGCCUGCAGCCCCAGUGAAGAAGGACGCCCCCAAGAAUAUCACGCUGCUUCCAGCCUCGGCCGCCGCCACCUUCACCGUCACGCCCUCUGGACAGAUCACUACCUCUGGGGCCCUGACAUUCGACCGGGCGUCCACUGUGGAGGCCACUGCUGUGAUAUCUGAGAGUCCGGCCCAGGGUGACGUCUUUGCAGGAGCCACAGUGCAGGAGGCUGGCGUGCAGCCCCCGUGCAGGGUCGGCCAUCCCGAGCCCCACUACCCUGGCUACCAGGACAGCUGCCAGAUCGCACCCUUUCCAGAGGCCGCACUGCCAACCUCUCACCCCAAAAUAGUGCUGACGUCCCUGCCCGCCCUGGCUGUCCCGCCCUCCACCCCCACCAAAUCCGUCUCCCCCACGGUGGUCAAUGGGCUGGAGAUGUCGGAGCAGCGCAGCUGGCUGUACCUCGAGGAGAUGGUCAAUUCUCUACUCAGCACGGCGCAGCAGCUGAAGACGCUGUUGGAACAGGCCAAGCAGGCCAGCUCCUGCCGAGAGGCUGCAGCGACCCAGGCCAGGAUGCAGGCGGACGCAGAGCGGAAAGAGCAGUCCUGCGUCAACUGCGGCCGGGAGGCCCUGAGCGAGUGCACCGGCUGCCACAAGGUCAACUACUGCUCCACCUUCUGCCAGCGCAAGGACUGGAAAGACCAUCAGCACGUGUGUGGCCAGUCGGCUGCUGUCGCUGUGCAGGCAGAAGAGGUUCACGUGGCCGAAAGUGUGAUGGAGAAGGUGGCCGUGUGAGCCCGCUGCCCGCCUGCAGGGAGGCCUCACAGGUGGCCAUGUGAGCCUGCUGCCCGCCUGCAGGGAGGCCUCACAGGAAGCCCCCAAGGCUGUUGGGGUCACAGAGGGAACUUGCUGGACAAGUUAUUGGUGGACUCCGAGUGGACUCCGAGUGGACCCUGCCCUUACAGAUGAGCUCCUACCACCCAGAAGCCCUGAGGAGUUGUGUGGCACUGUGGGGCGGGACCGGGUCCUGCCCUCAUGGUGCUCUUCCCCUGGAUCAUGAGCAUCCGGCCUUCUGUCUGUCGAUAGAGUUGUAAAUAAAGUCCCCACCCACCCGA